AUGGAAAAAGAUUCGCCAUUGAUUGUCUUGAUGAGUUCCUGUGAAUCGGAAAAAACAACCACUUCGAUGAGAUUCAGAUCUGUUGCAUGGCGAAGGGCUCUUUGCAGGGUUACAGCUUCCGCUAGGAGGGGGGAUCCGAUGUGUUUACGCGCCACCGAGCCCCGGAUCUUGCUUCCUAGGGCUGGGUGUUCAAUCGUCCAUUCCAAACCUGCCUCUCCAGAUUCCUUAUUCCAUGCCGCAUCAGUGAAAAUGAUUGCUGUUGUUGCCGGCCGAGAAGAUCCGAUUGUUGAAGAUUAUGUUGUUCCUGGCUGACCAGAUGGCCCAG